AUGGGGUGGACGACGGCGUUUACUGGUUUUGUUUCUUGUCAGUCACCAGCGAGUAUUGUUGCAGGAAUCUCAUAUCAUGGAUACCCACCGCCCCUCUGCCCGGCGUCCGGGGGAGUCAUCACAGGCACAUGGACAUGGCUGGUCAGGAUCUUGGGAACAGACCCCAAGUCAAGCGAUAGCAAGCUCUGCGUGGAGCUACACCAAAUAUACCUCCCUCUUCCCCUCCCCAUUCACCCCAGGCGCAGCCUCCCCGUCCAUAAUCCCAUGAACAUAUGCAUAGCCCACCAGCCUUCUACCCUCCUCCCCCUCUGUUGCCCUUCUCAAAACCAGAGGCACCAAACUCCCCAACACAACCCAAACCUCAUCCCCCACAUUUGUUUCCCUCGGCCCAGACCCAAAAUGGCCCUCUUCUGUUCGGAAAAACACCCUCCCCUCAUUGGCACACCAGAAGUUCUCCUCGGCAUGCAUCACCACAUGCGCCUUUGCCUCGUCAUCCAUGACCGUGCCGUUCGGCAAGAUGAGCACCAAAGUCUGUCCCAUCUUCUGCGCCAUCAAGAUCUGACGAGCGAGACGAAACAUCUGGAUAUCCCCAGCGUAGGCUCUGCUGAACACUACUUGCCCAGCCUUGAACUCAUAUCGUACCUCAAAGACUUGGUCCGACAGAAGCGUGCGGGCUAG